AUUCCGAGUACGAUUACCAUCUGAAGCGAACGGCCCCGGGCUAAGUCGUGCAAUACGACGAGAUAUCAUGGGUUAUAGGUCCAGACUGUCUUCAGCCGAUACAGACCCGAACAACGAUCCAAACUGCACACUUGAGACGAGACCCAUGAACCAGCCUGGGUGCAAGUCAGCUAGCAUCUGUUGAGGGGUGUGUGGAGGCGCAGCAGCAGCAUGCCAGCAGUCGUGUGGCAUACGUCACUUAGGCCACUUGAGCAGAGCCUCCUGGCAUGGAAUGAAAAGCAAGAUCAGUCAGUAGUACACAUACAGAGCGGUGGUUGGUUUCUUUCUUUCUUUUUUUUUUUCCUUUUUUCUUUGCUUUUCUUGUCAAUUUUCUUUCUUUUUUUCUUUCUUUUUUUUUGUUCCCGUUCAAAUCCCACCAUUGCCGUUUCGAUCUUGCUGGGGAACAAAGGAGAAGGGAGGGGAUCAUCGGGAGCGGCACGGUUGCCCGGGCUAGAUUCUGGCCCAGGCGCUGAGCGGCUACAGUGGUGGAGGUUUGUGGGUUAAGGAUCUUUUGGAUUCACCACCAAGGCUCCAAAGUCCUUGAGUCUUUGUGAUCAAGAGAGAGCCGCCUUGAAGCUUCUCGCUGUCUCCGUAUCGAUGGAAAAACUGGCCAACAGUGAUUG